GCAGGAAAUACUUUCCAGGCAAUCUGGGCCUGGUUGUGGAGGCCCCUUUCGCAAAACAUCAGUCUGAAUUUAGUAGACAGAAGUCACCAGGAACGCCUUGACAGGAUCCUGCUUUAGCUAAGGCUCCCUCCAGCUGCGGAGGGUGUUUUUGUUAGAAUCACAUUCUGCGUACAACUGCUUAGAAUAGAGCCAUGAUCUCAACCACAAAAUGUGAACUUAGAUUCUGGAGGAACUCUCUCGGAGACGGACUUCUUCGCUAGCCUGAGUGUUGAACAGUGUCACGCCUUGGUGUUACAGCUUCCCGUCGUCUAGGUGAUGAAAUGACAAAACUAACUCUCUGAUCCAUGGAUUUGAAAUAAUCUUUCAACAAAUUUAAUCUUCUCUAAUCCCAGAUGGAAUGUAUCUCUCUGUCUGAUGGUGAACUAUGAUGACAUGUCUGUAGCUAUCAGAAAGAGAAGCUGGGAAGAACAUGUGACCCAAUGGAUGGGACAGCCCCUUAAUUCGGAUGAUUGCAAUACAACAUGCCAUCAUGGACUAGUAGCUGACAGCUUGCAGGCAAGUAUGGAAAAAGAUGCAGCUCUAAAUGUGGACCUCAAAGAAAAGUGUGUUUCACUGCCGGAUUGCUGUCAUGGUUCAGAGCUCAGAGAUUUUCCUGGGAGGCCAAUGGGUCAGGUUUCAAAGGAGGUGGGUGAAAAUGACAACCAUGAAGAUGAUGCGUUCCUCUCUCUGGAGGCCAGCACAGAAACACUAGUUCAUGUUUCUGAUGAGGACACCAUUUCUGAUCCAUCCCUUGUGGAUGACAGGAUUUUAACUACCCAAGGAUGUAAAACAUCAGGCCAGCAUAGCGUUGAAGGAGCAGGCUCCUUGGUAAAGACACUGCCCAUCAUGGAAAGUAACCAAGAUUUUUAUACUUCCUGGAGAAUGGCUGGCAAAGCUGACUUAGCACUGGAGGAAGAUAAUGGAGAGAAAAAUGUUGUUGAAACUCUAAGUAAAAGCCUGGAGCUUCGUGGUGAUACAGACUUACAUGAAACACACGAGGCACCCAACAUAAAUACAUUUGAUUGUUUGAAUGUGAAACAUAUCGUGCCUGAGAAACAGCUUCUUAGUUCUGCCGUAAUUGCUCAGCAGCGAAGAAAACCUGAUCUCCCUAAAGAUGAAUAUGAAAGACACACGUGCAGUGCAGACCAUGAUGAGUCCUUGGCUAUUCCUUGCCCAGACGGAGAGCUACCAUUAUCAAAAGCAGAUUGUAGAAGCUGCUUUCUGCAGCCUCCUUCCUGCUCCAGUGGAAUGUCAACUGAGAAUGGCCUGGGGAAGAGUGAUUUCUCAGAAUAUCAAAACAGAAGACCUCCAGAGGUCAACACGGAAGAUGGCAUGCGGUGUUUACACUUGCAGGAGCCCCUGGCCACCCAAGAACCCACAGAUAGCCAAGUCAGACUUCGCAAGAGAAAGGAAAUAAGAGAAGAUCGAGACAGGGCACGGCUGGACUCCAUGGUGCUGCUAAUAAUGAAACUGGCCCAGCUUGACCAGGACAUCGAGAACGCCCUCAGCAGCAGCUCCUCUCCAUCCAGCACGCCAGCCAGCCUGCGCCGACCUGUCCCUGAUCUGGAAUCUGGAUCUGAAAGUGGAGCAGAUAAUAUUUCAGUCAUUCAGACUCAAGAAUAUGUGUCUUCCAACACUGAGUGCUCUGACCUGGCAUCUUCCAUCCAGGUGACCAGUUCUGGAACCAAACCCAAGACUAUGGCUAUUCAAGGUAUUUCAGAGAAGGAAAAGGCUGAAAUUGAAGCCAAGGAAGCUUGUGAUUGGCUACGGGCGACUGGUUUCCCCCAGUAUGCACAGCUUUAUGAAGAUCUCCUCUUCCCCAUUGACAUUACCUUGGUGAAAAGAGAACAUGACUUUUUGGACAGAGAUGCUAUUGAAGCGCUGUGCAGGCGACUAAAUACUUUAAACAAAUGUGCGGUGAUGAAGCUAGAAAUUAGUCCUCAUCGGAAGAGAAGUGAGGAUUCUGACGAAGAUGAGCCUUGUGCAAUAAGUGGCAAGUGGACUUUCCAGAGGGACAGCAAGAGGUGGUCCCGGCUCGAGGAGUUUGAUGUCUUCUCUCCAAAGCAGGACCCCAUCCCCGGGUCUCCAGAUGAUUCCCAGCUGCAGCCAGCGGCGAGCCACGAGAGCAUGCUGACCACCCUCAGCGAGCGCCAGGAGGUGUCUUCCGUCCGCAGCCUCAGCAGUACCAGCAGCCUGCUCACCCCUGGGCCCCACAGCGCCGACCCCGUCACACCUCGCACCAACUCGGUCAUCAGCGUCUGCUCCUCAGGCAACUUGAAUGGCAAUGACGACUCCUUCUGCAGCCUGCCCUCGCCCAAGGAACUGUCCAGCUUCAGCUUUGGCCUGAAGGGCCAUGAGAAGAAUGCCAAGUCCAAGACGCGGAGCCUGCUGAAGCGCAUGGAGAGCUUGAAGCUCAAGGGCUCUCACCACAGCAAGCACAAAGCGCCUUCUAAGCUGGGACUCAUCAUCAGUGGGCCCAUCCUGCAGGAGGGCGUGGAUGAGGAGAAGCUGAAACAGCUCAACUGUGUGGAGAUCUCCGCCCUCAAUGGCAACCACAUCAACGUCCCCAUGGUACGAAAGAGGAGCGUCUCCAACUCCACGCAGACCAGCAGCAGCAGCAGCAGCCAGUCAGAGACCAGCAGCGCCGUGAGCACCCCCAGCCCCGUGACCAGGACCCGCAGCCUCAGCGCCUGCAACAAGCGCGUCGGCAUGUAUUUAGAGGGCUUCGAUCCUUUCAACCAGUCCACGUUCAACAAUGUCAUGGAGCAGAACUUCAAAAACCGCGAGAGCUACCCAGAGGACACGGUGUUCUACAUCCCGGAGGACCACAAGCCGGGCACCUUCCCCAAGGCCCUCUCCAAUGGCAGCUUCUCGCCAUCGGGGAGUAACAGCUCUGUGAACUGGAGGACGGGAAGCUUUCACGGCCCUGGCCAUCUCAGCCUGAGAAGGGAAAACAGCAGCGACGGCCCUAAGGACCUGAAGAGGCGCAAUUCCUCCAGCUCCAUGAGCAGCCGCCUCAGUAUCUAUGACAACGUGCCGGGCUCCAUCCUCUACUCCAGCUCGGGCGACCUGGCCGACCUGGAGAAUGAGGACAUCUUCCCCGAACUGGAUGACAUCCUCUACCAUGUGAAGGGGAUGCAACGGAUCGUGAACCAAUGGUCCGAGAAAUUUUCCGACGAGGGCGACUCGGAUUCUGCCCUGGACUCAGUCUCUCCCUGCCCAUCCUCUCCAAAGCAGAUCCACCUGGACGUGGACAAUGACCGGGCCACACCCAGUGACCUGGACAGCACUGGCAACUCCCUGAAUGAGCCUGAAGACUCCUCCGACAUCCCAGAGAGAAGGGAUUCUGGGGUGGGUGCGUCCCUGACCAGGUGCAAUAGGCACAGACUGAGGUGGCACAGCUUCCAGAGCUCCCAUCGGCCGAGCCUGAACUCAGUGUCGCUGCAGAUCAGCUGCCAGUCUGUGGCCCAGAUGAACCUGCUGCAGAAAUACUCGCUCCUAAAGUUAACGGCGCUGUUGGAGAAAUACACGCCUUCUAACAAGCACGGCUUCAGCUGGGCUGUGCCCAAGUUCAUGAAAAGGAUCAAGGUGCCAGACUACAAGGACCGGAGUGUGUUCGGGGUCCCUCUGACGGUGAACGUGCAGCGCACAGGACAGCCCCUGCCUCAGAGCAUCCAGCAGGCCAUGCGUUACCUCCGCAACCAUUGUUUGGACCAGGUGGGGCUCUUCAGGAAAUCCGGUGUCAAGUCCAGGAUCCAAGCACUGCGCCAGAUGAAUGAAAAUGCCGUAGAUUGCAUCAAUUAUGAAGGACAGUCUGCGUAUGAUGUGGCAGACAUGUUGAAGCAGUAUUUCCGAGAUCUUCCGGAGCCACUCAUGACCAACAAACUCUCAGAAACAUUUUUACAGAUCUACCAGUAUGUGCCCAAGGAACAGCGCCUCCAGGCCAUCAAGGCUGCCAUCAUGCUGCUGCCGGACGAGAACCGGGAGGUCCUGCAGACCCUGCUGUAUUUCCUGAGUGACGUCACAGCGGCUGUGAAGGAAAACCAGAUGACGCCGACUAACCUGGCUGUGUGCCUUGCGCCUUCCCUCUUCCACCUUAACACCCUGAAGAGAGAGAACUCAUCUCCCAGGGUAAUGCAACGGAAACAAACUUUGGGCAAACCAGAUCAGAAGGAUUUGAACGAGAACUUAGCUGCCACUCAAGGCCUGGCCCACAUGAUUGCUGAAUGCAAGAAGCUCUUCCAGGUUCCCGAGGAAAUGAGCCGGUGCCGGAAUUCCUACACGGAACAGGAGCUGAAACCCCUCAGCCUGGAAGCCCUGGGACGCCUGGGUAACGAGGAGUCGGCCGACUACAAGCAUUUCCUGCAGAACUGCAUGGAUGGCCUCUUCAAGGAGAUCAAGGAGAAGUUCAAAGGCUGGGUCAGCUACCCCACCUCUGAGCAGGCCGAGCUCUCCUAUAAAAAGGUGAGUGAAGGACCACCACUAAGACUUUGGAGGGCAACCAUCGAGGUCCCCGCCACCCCUGAAGACAUCUUAAAGCGUCUGCUGAAGGAGCAGCACCUCUGGGAUGUAGACCUGUUGGACUCGAAGGUGAUUGAAAUCCUGGACAGCCAAACAGAAAUUUACCAGUUUGUGCAAAACAGCAUGGCACCCCACCCCGCACGGGACUUCGUGGUUUUGAGGACAUGGAGAACCAAUUUACCCAAAGGAGCCUGCGCCCUUUUACUCACCUCUGUGGACCAUGACCGGGCACCCAUGGUGGGUGUGAGAGUUAAUGUGCUCUUAUCCAGAUAUUUGAUGGAACCCUGCGGGCCAGGAAAGUCCAAACUCACCUACAUGUGCAGAGCCGAUCUAAGGGGCCACAUGCCAGAGUGGUACACAAAAUCUUUUGGACACUUGUGUGCAGCUGAAGUUGUGAAAAUCCGAGACUCCUUCAGUGAUCAGAACGCUGACAACAACAAGGACAGCAAAUCCAGGUGAUUGGCAAAGCAAAGCAACUGCCUCCACUAGCCAGACGCUGGUUUCGAAAACUUGCCAGUCCUUGGAAGAAUGGCUCCGGUAUCUGAUGAGUUGGAGUGUAGAUGUGGACUCUAGCAAUUUGAUACACUUUCAAAGCUGCUUCCUGUUUGUUUAAGGUCUGUGUUAUAGACCUUGACUGGAAUUUGUAAGACUGCGAAAAAAAAAAUUGCAUUUGUAUUCUUAUUCAAAUUGCUUCUGAGAAGCAAAACGUUUAAGUACAUGAUGGAAGGUAGUGAGGAUGUUUCCUUGUCUUGUGAUACUGAUCUGUGUGUACCUAUGUCAUUUUCUUUGCAUGUGUGGAGGGAUUGGUGUAUCCACUGGAAGAGUUGGUACUCUGAUGAGCAGAGCAGGGUUUGCACAGAGAACUAGGGAUGUGUGGUUGCUGGUGGUUGAAUGGCAUAGCCGUGCUGUUACAGUGCAGUGUCUGGCACACUGAGACGCCUCUGAGAAUGGCUAUUGAUGCAUCAGGUUCACUUUGACCUGAAGUAGCUGACCCCCCCCAAACCCCAGGGAUUCAUCCUUGGAGGGGACCCAACACCCUUGUCCAUGUAUCUUUCUCUCGCAUUGUUUAGUAUAUUGCCUCUCCAACCCACCUCCUCUUUGCCUUAAAAGUAGUUGUAAACUCACUCUUGAUACCCAUGACGGGCACUUUGUUUUGAGGCCUGAUGCUAAACUUCUCACCAGUGUAGGUUAGUAGCGGGGCGAGCCUGUCCCCCGCCCCCUUAACUGGCUCCAAGCCACGGGCCUUUGGUCACUUUGUCCUUCUUCUUUUAGAGUGAGAUAUAAAAAACUAAAUACUCGUUAACACUCCCAAAUCAAGCAUCAAGACACUUCUCACACAAACAUUUUUGUGUUCGUAGCAGAAAUGCUUUCUAACACUAUGUAUGGGAACAUGAAAAACUGUCGUAAGAAAAUCCCUGUAUAUCGAACCCAGCCCCAAAAAGGCCUUUUGUGGGGUUCUUGUUAAAAGCAGUCCUGAAAGUGACACACAUUUAUUAAUUUGAUUUAUCAUUACCAAUGAAGAGGUUUUCUGCUUUCAUGGUGUUUUGUUUCGCUUCUCUUGUAUUUUUUUCACCUUUUCCUUAAUGGUGCCCUUGCAAUAUAUUUUAGUGGUAAUGGGAGAUAGUAAUCUUAGUUAAAAACAAAACAAAAAAAAAGUGCAGAGUUUUUUUUUGAAGGGUGGUCUUUAUACAGGUUUUACUGUAAUGACAGAGAUGGACUCAAGAGACAGUAUUAAUAAAUUUAUUUUGUAUGGAUCAAAAAUGAAUAAUGUAUGAAUGAGAGUUGUAAGAAGGAUCUUUAUUUUGUUAUAAUUUAGUUACCAUUGUCAGUGUUAUUUCAGAGGUUCUUUGAAGAAUGGAGGGGGUCAGAUUAGAGUUUUGAAAGUUGAGUAUUUUGAAUAUCAGCGCUCCUCAUGAAGAUAUACUUGUAUAUUCAGUCUGCUGGCUUCCGGGUUUAUAGACUAUAUGUUGUAUAUACCAUUCUAUUAAGAAAUAUGUACACAUGUCCACUGUGCUUUCCAACAUAGAUGAAGCAUGAUAAAGAUUAUUAUUUAAAAUAUCCUUGUAUUUAUACCUCAGAUAUUCUUUUGGGUUUUGUACCUCAAGGCUUUGUUCCCCUACCCUAUUGUAAAUACACUUUACGUGAAUACAAUCUAAAUGGAAAAAAAAUAAAGGAAGAGGUUUAUAACUUGCUUUAUAUCUGUACAGAGUAUAAUCCAUACAUGCACUAAUUAAAUGUUG